GCGAUAAUCUGACCUCCGAACAUAGUUCUUUCAACGUUCGUCAACGGAAAAACUUCGUUCAGUAUUGCCUUUUUGAGUACAAUUGUACUUUUUGCGUACUAUUUCCGGCUGCGGGAGAAGUUCACUUCGAAAACGUCAAAAACACAUGACAACAAUAAUAACAGUGAAGAAACAAAUAAUUUAUUUUCAUCAGAAUGGAAACACCAGAAAACUUUCCAUUUCCUUUUCCCCCAUAUCCAAUUCAAAACCAGUUUAUGCAAAAACUGUACGAGUGCCUUGAAAAUAGUAAUUUAGGAAUAUUCGAAAGUCCCACAGGCACUGGAAAAUCGCUCUCUAUAAUUUGCGGUGCAUUAAAAUGGCUCCUAGAUCACGAAUUUAAUGAAAAACAAGUCCUGAAUUCGAAAAUAAACGAAAUAAAUCAACAGAUUGAGGAACUGACCAAAAAAUGUUCCGAUGACUGGUUUACACUUCAAACUCAGCAAUUAGAAUUGACUAAUGAAAAGCGAGUCUUAGAAGCAAAAUUAGAUGCAAUCACAAGGUAUGGCGAGAAGAAAAAUAAACUAAAAGAGCGAUUAAAGCAAGAAGAGAAACAGGAUAAGAACAAUAAGAAACGUUAUAUUAAACCUAAAGUUCCUGAGGGUUCGGAAAAGGAAAAUGUCGAAGGUGCUGAAGGUGCUGAAGGGGGUCCAAAGGAUGAUUUUGAAGAUGACGAUCUUCUGUUGAAGGACGCAGAUUCAGAAUCUGACGAAGAAGAUGAUGAUGGAUCUCUAGAAUUGUAUAAAAAUUGCAAAAUAUUUUUCUGCUCGAGAACACAUUCUCAGCUUUCGCAAUUUGUUGGAGAAUUGAAAGAAAGUCCUUAUUCUGAAAGCGUUUCGGUUGUGCCUCUUGCUUCGAGACAAAACUACUGUGUAAAUCAAUCCGUAAAGAGACUUAAAAACGUGAACAUGAUUAACGAUCAGUGCUUGCAACUCCAGCGGAAAAAAACCACGGUUAAAAAGGAAAAGGCACUCAAAAAGCAGAAAAACACGAGUGGUUGUCCAUUCAAACCCGGAGACCAGGAACUUCUUUUGGCAGAAAUUUUGACAAAGAUUCAAGACGUGGAAGAAAUAGCUCAAAAGGGCCAGGAAUUACACACUUGUUCUUAUUAUGCUUCGAGAAAAUCUGUGGAUGAUGGACAAGUUAUUUUGGUUCCUUACAAUUCUGUUUUGCACAAAAGUACCAGAGAGAGUUCUGGAAUUAAUUUGAAAAAUAAUAUAUUGAUAAUUGACGAAGCGCACAAUCUUUUGGAAGCUAUUGAAAGAAUGCACAGUAUUACUAUCACUGGAAGAAACGUUUUGCAUUGUUAUAAUCAACUUUCUCAGUAUCAAAAAAGAUUUCAGACUCUUUUCUCCGCGAAGAAUGUUAUGUACUUGAAUCAGCUGAGUUUCUGCCUAAAGAAACUAUUGAAGACUCUGGGUGGAACAAUAAAAUCUCAGCCUGAUGAUAACACGAGUAAAGAUACGACCCCUAAACUUUACAAAAUCAGGGAUUUCGAGGCUAUGGCAGAACUCGAUACAGUUAAUAUUUUUCACCUGCUCAAGUUCAUGAAGGAUUCAAAACUCGUUCAUAAAUUGAGAGGCUACAUGGAAAAGUACGAGAAUGGAGUGACUAUAAAUGUUUCUAAAAAACCGACGGGGGUGAAGGCUUUUCUGAACAGUUUACAGGACAAAAGUGUUGAAGAAAUCGAUACUAAAUUGAACGAAAAAAACAAUGAAGAGCAGAGCAAUAGUCCAUUGAUUUUGGUUUAUGGCUUUCUCGAAUGCUUGCUUUCCAAAAGCGCUGAUGGGAGAAUUUUCGUUAUUCCUGGAACGACAAUUGGACAGGGAACUUUGAAGUUCCUUUUGCUUAAUCCUGCUGCUCACUUUCACGAUAUUGUGCAUGAAGCAAGGGCAGUGAUUCUAGCAGGAGGGACGAUGGAACCUAUGUCAGAAUUUAAGGAACAAUUGUUUAUUGGCGCUGGCGCUAAUCCAGAAAGAAUCAUUACUUUUUCCUGUGAUCAUGUGAUUCCUAAAGAAAAUAUUCUGACGAGUGUUGUUACACGAGGUCCCACUGGAAUCGAGUUUGAAUUCAAUUUUCAAAACAGAGGAAAUGAGAAGAUGAUGUGUGAAUUGGGUCGUGCCUUGCAAAAUAUUUGCAAUAUUGUACCAGCUGGGAUUGUCGUAUUUUUGCCAUCUUACGGCUACGAAGAAAUGCUUUACAAAUAUUUAGAAUCCUCCGGAGUUUUGGCAAAGCUUCGCAACAAAAAGUGUGUUUUUCGAGAACCGAAAUUAGCAUCCCAAGUCAACCAAGUUCUAGAAAAAUAUGCGCAGAUCGUGAAAAAUCCUCCGAAGCCCCAAAAUGGUUCAUUAUUGUUCAGCGUUGUCGGUGGAAAAUUGAGCGAGGGUCUAAAUUUUUCGGAUGAUUUGGGAAGAUGCAUCGUAGUUGUGGGGAUGCCUUAUCCCAAUAUUAAAUCGCCAGAACUACAGGAGAAAUUAAAGUAUUUGGAUGAGAACGUGAAAAAGGGGGCUGGCAAUAUUUUUUAUGAGAAUUCUUGUAUGAAGGCUGUGAAUCAAUGCAUCGGAAGAGCAGUUCGUCAUAGUCGAGAUUAUUCUACAGUCGUUCUGCUGGAUAAGCGAUAUUCGACUAAAGUCAAUGCGCUUCCAGGCUGGAUUCAACGGACCGUGGCAAUUAAUCAAUCUUUUGGAUCUGCAAUCGGAAGCAUGGCCAAAUUCUUUGCUCAAAAGCGAGCUGCUAGUAAAUAAGUACAUAUCUGUGAAUUAACGCGAGUGAGUUUUGCAAUGUUGAAUUUUAAUUUGAAAAUUAUAUUUUAAACUUUGGUAAAUUGCCGAGGGUAUAAAAAUGUAUUAUUAGUUUUUUAAAGAAUGAAAAAGACAAACACAUUUUUAGCAGUUACUACACUAAUAAAGUGUGAUGUUAAAAAUCAGUAAAAGUUAUUUUUACAAUAUAAAAGAGCAUCUAAA